GAUGCUGUUAAAUAGAGCUUACGCUCUAAUUUGGAGUGUAAAUUGUUAUAAAACAGCGUCAAAUGACAAUGAGGCCAUACGUUUGCGUGUCGUAAACGAAGAAAAACAGAAUGGCGAGCGCUCGGAGAGAGAAAAGAUAGACGUUGGCGGUCGAGCGGCGGGAGUGGGGCCGAUCAGGCCCCACGGUACGGGCCUGGGAGGCGGUGAGCUCGCUGAGAGACGACUCGGGACGACGACUGGCAUGGGCCAGACAAACAGACUGCCACUGGCAUCGCGAGAGUCGCCAGGAGUCAUCCACGGUGACCUAUAGUCAUUCACAGUCCAUCGACGACGAGCGUUCGCGUUGGUUCCUAUUAUAAUCUGUUGAUAGACGCAUCUCGCAAGAUCAUUCGAUAUGAUUUUAGAAAUACAUACUGCUGAUCGAAGAGCACAACUGUCCUUUAUCACGGAUAAUCGGUUCUGAUCCUGGUUUGUCAUUUCUGCAAUCCUGCGCUAGUACGGUGAUAAAGAGUGUCGGAGAAGUAUCCUGAAGUACUAUAGAAGAAAUAAGAAUAUAUACUUCGCCGAGACGAGCAGGCAAAGUGACCGAUCGUUUUGCGAUCACCAGUCAUCACGAACUGGCUCGCUUCUUUCGGGAAGAUCAACAGGGUGAUAUGCGCGGAUAGAUUGACAUGUUGUGUUUUCAUCGCGAGUGAAGAAAGAGAUGAGCGAGAUCAAAACGUUGAAGGAUAGAGUUUGUGACAGUCAUUUCUGGUAUAAUGUAAGAGUAUCGUAAGAGCGAAAAUGCCGGGCUGAUCAACAGAAAAGACGCAAUGCACCGUAAAUUUCUGAUCUCUGUCAUCGAAGUCGUCAAAUCCCGAUACAGUUGUAUCAAUGCAGAAUAUUUGAUACGCGUCGACGAAAACGACGAUCGUGAUAAUCGUUUUCUUCAAAAUUUUUGUGGUACCAGCGGAAGGCGAAAUAGCGGAACGAGUCGCAGUAUGAGAUCAUUAAGUCACUAAGGACACUCAAAGACGAAAAAUUGCUGAUUGUGGUUGUCCGCGAGCGCGCACGCAAUGUCCAUGUUCCUGACAACGAAACCGCAAUACGCGCAGUCGAUCAAGAUCACCGUUAUUCAAGAAUCUCGAUUGCCAACUCGCGAUCGAAUAAUUAAGCCCUCAAAGAUUGUAAGUUGUUUAGACUGAGAUUCUUGGAACGAACAGCUACUAUAAGUUACCGAACAUUUUUAAUUUGGUGAUUCUUGAAUCGUUCGUUUCAGGCACUCGUUCAGGCGCUCUAAAUAGUUGUAGAACUUUUCAUAACUGAUAGCUGAAAAAAACGCACGUGUUUUACACAGUGAAAGAAUUAUAGGAUUUAUAAAAUAAAAUAAAGAUCAGAAACUUUUCUUUUGUGAAUAAAUGCGUGAAAGAAAGCGAAGAGAAGAAACAGAGAAAGAAAUUACAAGACAAGGAAAAGGAGAGAAGUUGAAGAAAUCUGUUCAGUGAUUAGACGCGCGAGUCGAAGCAACUCUUGAAUCUUGAAAAGAAGAUAGUAGACAAGAGGACGGACAGAAAAUCGAGAGAAAAGAUAAAAAGGAAAAAUCUUGCGAUUAAACAGACCUCGGCCUCUCUUCAACGUCGUCAACAUGUCAGUCCGGCCUCUUUCCAUUCUGUUGUUCCUCACAACAAUCCUCGGCGAUCUCAUCAGCAUCGGUAGCACCGAAAGGAUGAGCGGUCUGUACGUGGACAACGGUUUCGACCAGACGGUGGUCCAUCGUGUAGUCACCCAGCGUGAAAAACGUGAGUUGGAGCAUGAGUUUCUGAAUCUGCUGGGGCUCCCGGAUCGUCCGCGAAACACUAUCGGCAACCCUCCCCAGGUCAAGAGAUCGGCGCCCAAGUUUCUGCUGGACAUUUACGAGAAUACUCUCGGCGAGGACGAGGAAGAGAAACAUGCGACGCAUCAUCAUCGCAAGGUUGGGGAGUUCGACCUCACUGGCCAGGAUCUAAAGGCGAUCGAUCAGAGCGACGUUAUCAUGACCUUCGCGGCACACAAUCAUCAUGUCCCCGGGGUGAGGCAUGAACGUGGAAAGAGGCUUUGGUUCGACGUGUCCGAAGUACCACCUCGAGAACACAUAAUUGGCGCUGAACUCAGGCUGUACCGCGGACCGGACGUCAAGGGUCGCAAGAAUCAUGGAUCUCACACGAUCACUGUGUAUCGAGUAUUGAAGACCGGGAAUGGGACUCGAGAAUUACAAUAUGUCGAUGCCAUAAAUAUAACGACCAGCCAGCAGGGUUGGCAGACAUUGAACAUCACCGAAGCUCUCGAUCAUUGGGUGAACAACCCCGAUGGAAAUCGAGGACUAUAUCUCUCUGUGCAUCCCGCCGAUCGUUUAGUGCAUGAAGUAAGACCGGAAGAUAUUGGGAUCGUAGAGUUUCGGGGUGAUCCUGAUAAACAACCCUUCAUGGUGGGUUAUUUCAAGAGUUCGGGCAUAAGGGAAUCCAAAAUCCGUCAGAAACGCGAUGCCAGGAGGAAGAAGAAAAGCGAAUCCACUAGUUGGGAUUACCGGACCAAUCCUUACACUGAUACUGGUGCGACAUAUUACUCGCGAACAUGCAGGAUCCAAACAUUGUACGUCAGUUUUCGUGAUUUGCAGUGGCAGGAUUGGAUUAUCGCGCCAGAUGGAUACGAUGCGUACUACUGCAGCGGGGAUUGCAACUUUCCGUUAAACGCUCACAUGAACGCGACCAACCACGCGAUAGUCCAGACACUGGUGCAUCUAGUGAGCCCGGGCAAAGUGCCCAAGCCCUGCUGUGCGCCCACUAAGCUCUCGGCCAUCUCGGUACUGUACUUCCUGGAUGAAAGCAACGUCAUUCUAAAAAAAUACAAGAAUAUGGUCGUCAAGAGUUGUGGCUGUCAUUAAAUUGUCCUCACGAUACUUCUCGAUUAGUUUCCGAGUUCUGUUGUUGGAACUGGAAUCUCGGCAAGUCUAAAAGCUAACAAAUUUAGCAGAAGGCAAAAGAAACAUGUUUUACCUCCCCUAUACUUUAUGUAUUAAAUAAAAAAUUGACAAAUAUUAUAGCGCAGCAUUUUUGUGUGACAGCUCUGAAGCGACACAAGACACAAAUUAUUUCUAUCUAUAAAUUUAAUCCAAUUUAUUAUGCUGUUCAACUAUUUUAUAUAUAUUGGAUUUCGGUAAUAUAAAAGAAAUUAUUCAUUUAAGGAUUAAUGUGUAGAUUGAUCACAUCAAUCAGACAAGCUGUCAACAAGAUAAAACAUAGUUAACCGAAUAAUAAAAUUUUUUGCGCGAUAUCGUAUCAAUAAUGGCAUCGCUGGUUUCCUUGCAAUGUAUUACAAAAAAGAAUGUAUUCAGAUAAAAUAUUUGCGUAAAAGAAAGAGUUGUCUGGCGAAUCAACUUAAUUCGUAGUGAAGAAUCAUAUUUUCUCGGUCGCGUAUUAUAAAUGGAUCCAUGAUUACCAAAUAGUUUUUUUAUUUAUAGUGUAGGUGCGUAGAUGUAUAUUUAAAAAUGAUGACAUAAAUUAUUAAUAAUGAAACUUGUUAGCGCGUAUAUUAGUUAUACAAGCAUGUAUAAAACCAGACAGUUAUUACAUGUUCAUGUUAGGUUGUAAGUUCUGUAUAUCAUCAUUGUAAAUAUACCUUUGUAUAUACUUUCUACUGAAUAUUAUAUACGCAUAAUGAAUAUAAAUAAAUAAUAAAUAAAUUCUAA